GACUCUUGAAUGGUGAUUUGCGUGAGAUCACAAAUGUGUCACAAAUCAGUGAAAAGUCACAAAUCUGUAAAGUCACAGUGAAAUCAGUGACUUUACAGAUACUUACAGAUACUGUUGUUAGGUAGGUAGGCACCUGCGUAUUUUAUUAAAUUUCUUGAAAGUGUGGUGUUUUUUGCAAACGUCUAUUUCAUUUGCAAAUUUGCAAAUUUGCAAAUUUUUGAUUUGCAAAUUUUAUGGCUAAUGACGGUCAAGGUGCAUUUUACGAUGCAGGUACCAAUUUUGUACUUUUUGUAGAAUAAAUUUGAAAUAUCUAGGUAUGACGGGUGCAAUAAUUCAUGGUUAUGCAGCUAAGGCAGAAGGAGCCACUUGGGGGUGAAAAAUGUCCAAGCGACCUCACGAUGCGCUGGAGGUGGAGGAAGAGACUGCUGUUGAUGAAAAACAUGCAAAGAAGCAUACUUUGGAUUCUGAUGAAGAAGAUGAAGUCGACCACAAGAAAUAUAACUUGAUGGAUCCAGAAGAAAUUGAAGGUGAGGAAGAGGGUACCAUCACGAAAGACGGAGACAUACAGAUCACACCAUUCAACAUGAAAGAAGAAAUGACUGAGGGCCACUUUGAUGCAGAAGGCAAUUAUUAUUGGAAGAAAGAAGUAGAAAUUCGCGACGCCUGGCUCGACAAUAUCGACGAUACAAAACAACACUUUGACCCGCGCGCGAAGGCCGGCUCGGAUGACGACGACGACGGCUCGUCGGACGGCGAGCUGGAGUCGGUGAAGGACUCGGACCGGGCCGCCACCUACGAGCAGAUGCUCGAACUGAUGCAGCCGAAGGAGACGGUCGCCAGGGCCCUCCGGCGCCUCGGUGGCAACAAGGCCCGUCACUCGGCGUCGGCGCGCUGGAAACAGAAGCGGGCAGCCGCGGCGUCUGGCAGCGCCGAGCCGGACAAGGCGGCUGAUGACCGUCAGAGCAUGGAGCGCCUGACCGGCCUGGCCGACCGGCUGCUCAGCCAGGGCAACAUGGAGGUCUACCAGAUGACGCGCGAGGCCGUCAACCACCAGCUGGAGCAGCUGCGGAAGCCGGUGGCGGACCGGCUGCAGGGCGCCACCGAUGACGACGCGCUGGACAUGUUCGCCGACUCGCUGGACCAGCAGCCGGCGGCGGCGGGCGACGGCCGGCCGGCAGUGGGUGGAGCGGACGGCGGCGGGGCGGCCGACAGCCACGGACAGAAGGACGGCGCCGGACAGACAGACGACGCCGCGAAACCGGCGCCAGACGCUAAUGGCGCGGCAGAGACGGCCGACUCGGCGGCACUAGACGCCGGCGACGCCGUCACGUGGGAGUUCAAAUGGGAGGACAGUGCCGACGCCGAGAUCCACGGACCGCACACCUCCGCCGAGAUGCACGCCUGGAGCGAGAGCGGCUACUUCAGCGACGCCGUGCUCGUCCGAAAGGUCGGCGCCACCGCCUUCUAUCAGGUCAAGCGCGUCGAUUUUGAGAUCUACAUGUAGUGGCAGUGCGGUCCCGUGCUGUGUGCUGUGCUGGUGCUGAAGUGAUGCCCUGUGGCAAGCAGAAAUAUUGCUUGCUGUAUCCCGAUGAUUAAAAUUUGGACGGCAGUGUAUGUUUUGUUUCCUGCUGCUCCAAACGGAGUGUGCAUAGCGUGUUGUGCGCCUAAGGUUUCCGCUGUCAUUUUUCAUCACAUCGCUAACAGGAGAUAGCGCACGAUCCAUUCUAAAUAAAGCUCAUUUGUCCUU